GGGGGGGGGGCGGGGGCGGAUUGUAGGGUGGCGGUGGCGAUGACAAAGGCGAAGGGAUGGAAGAUCAGGUGCUAUUGCUGGAAGGCUGCAUGGACGGUGGCGCUGAUCGGCUGCCGAUGGCUGAUGGCCGCGGGUCAACAACGAUGGACCACGCUAUGGGUGUGGCGCAAGACUGUGACAAACUGCGAAAGUGAAUGGCCUCUCGACGCGACAUGCGCCAAAGGAUGCGGUGAGUGUAAAACUCAAGGUACGAUUCCCUGCCACACACCGGGACCACUACAGAACACCACCAAACUUAGUCCAACUACAGACACCCACUCGUACUACUGCUUCGCCGAGUAUGAAUACUACAGCGAUGGUAGAUGGUGCGGUAGAUGCGGCACAAGAGAGUGUUGGCGGUUUUGCGGAUGUGGCCGAUUUGUCAGUCGACACGUUGAGCAACGACUUUGUCUGGCCGAGGCCGAGACAGGGGACGAAGGAGAAGAAGGACAAGUACACGACUUGUACAGGGGAGAUGUCGGAAGUGAGUGAGGAAGAGGCACACGCAUUUGCUGUGCUUGAAGGAGGGUGGGGGAGGAUGGAAGCGGCCGAGGCGGCCGAGACGUUCUCGUUCUGGGCGAGGACCAACUUGAGGUUCCCUCCCUGGCUCGCUCCCUUCUUCUCCCGUGCCAUCUGCGGAAGGUUCAACCAUCCUGCUGGCCGAGGCUGUUCCACCGGCCAAUCGUGUCGCUUUGUACAUCGCUGCUUUCUCUGCUCGGAUGGAUCACAUGGUCUGUUCUUUGAGCCCAUUGCUUGUGGUCCUCGUCGCGCUUCGUCGUCGUCGUCGGCGUCCACAUCGACUCUGUCGCUCUUGACAGGGCCGUCGCCAUCGCUUGGCUUCCCGCCGUCAUCAUCAUCGUCGGCGACGCCGCUGGCGGUGCCGGGAACAAACGAAGGAGACAGCUCGUACUUGUGCACGACUCAUUCUGCGCUAGUGACGCUCGCCAACCGGCGGGGGACGACCAUCGAUGGCCUGGCGAGCGGGAUUGCCGGAUACGACAUUGUUGCGCUGCACAUGGCUGUGUUCCGCGGAGAGUGGGCCGACAGCGCAGCCGAUGGAAGCAGCAGCACUGAGGCUGCGACAACCACUGUCGAUAGCUGCACAGGAGCGGUAAUCUCGGUGCCGGAGCAGUGGGCUCGCUUGUGGGCUGAUGUGACGGCAGCCAAUCCGAGGCAGGUUGUCCUUGUUGAUGCCGACAACCAGAGCCAUCUGCUCGACGAGCUCCUUUGUGGAGAAAAGUACGCAGCAGCAGACACGGUACUUUUGUUGUUUGUGGUCAUGUCCAAGUGGAAGACCUCGCCCAAGCGAGGGAUGCUGGAAGAGGCGGCGGCUCACGGACAGGUUGCGGGGCAGCACGCCCGGCUUGUUCUCAGCCUCGGCGACAGCAAAGACGCCGCCGAUAUUAUGCUGACCCACCAUGCGCUGGCGCUGUCACGGGAGCUGCCAAACGCCACAUCUCUAGUGGUUGCCUCGCAUGACGGCUUUGCCUCGGAGCUCGUCCGGAUCCUGCGGGCCAGUGAACCAGGACGCUCGGUUGGCCAGCUGACAGCCUUUGAUCCGGCAUCAGUGGCAGAGCCGUCGGUUGUCGAUGGCUCACAGAGCGCGGCACUGGCGACAGCCCGGGACCUGCUGCAAGUAGCAAGCGUGAGCGCACAGCCUGUAGGCGGCUCAGACGGCCCGCUAGCAGUAUACGAGGCGAACCUCGGGCACGCGUUCAAGUCCCGCUUCCCCGAGGGCUACACCACUCACCGGCUCCGCAAGCUCCUGGAGAUGGCGAUCAAGCUGGGAUGGAUGGUGAUGGACGGUACUUCAAAGGCGGCGCGGUACUUGAUCACCGCCAGGGGGGAGAGAGCGAUUGCACGCAGCGGCAUCGACGAAGCCACCAACGCCAAGUCCGUCGCCGACCUUGUGCGCAACUACGGCGGGCAGAUCUCGUUCCUCAGCCUCCAGCAGCUGUUCCCAGACUCUAGCGAGGCCAUGAUCGAGCUUCGGGUCGCCGACGCGUUGAACGCCGGUACUGUGCGCCGUGGGCCGUACAACACGCUGGUGGCGGAGGAGAGCAAUGUCGAGCACUCUUCACCUGCUCGGCCGAAGGGGAAGGCCGUGACGAGAACGCCGAUGCGGGCGGGCCUCCGCCGGUUAAGAGAGCAUCCAAGUCGCCUCUGGAUGUGGUGGUCGACGCGCUGCGCACGCGUGGAGGGUCGAUGGCCAAGUCGGCUGUGGGCAACGAGCUCAAGAAGAGGCUCGGCGCCGAUGUAUACUCCAAGGCAGUGCUGGCAAGUGUGCUGGAUGUCGGCGAGCGGCAGGGAGUACUGUGCAAGCGGAUGAAGGGCAACCACAUGUGGAUUGAUCUAAUCCCGCAGUUCUGAAUACAUGCUGGACGACCGGGGGAGUAGCUCCACACCACGUCGGCGGCGGACAGGCUAGCGGACUAGCGCUGGUGCAUGCGAUCGAGUUAUCUUUAGAGAAAAAAGGGGUGAUAAUCGAGCAAUGUGACUCAUGAGAAGCCCAUGGGGGAUCCUCCUUGAGCACAAUAGUAAGCGCUCAGCUGCGACGCUUGCGUGGGCGGGUGUCGUCUGUGGCCGAGGCUGUCGAUGCGCGGGCGCGCUUGGCGCCGACGACGGGCAUGUCGAG